GCCGCCGAGACUGCCGCGCGGAGCGCCUCGUCGCCGGUCGACCUCCGCGCUUCUUUCGUCCCACCGCGAACCCACCGCGGCUCGUAUCGUCGACCCGGGAUGCCCAAGGCGUCCAAGAAACUCGUGGCUGCCGUGGCGAGCGAGGCGGGCCCGCUCGGCUCGUUCGUCGAUGGACUCGUGAAGCAUGGGCUGACGCGCGCGCUCGGACCGGGCGAUCGCGUCCCGCUCGAGAUCUUCUUCAACUACGCGCUCUUCUCCCUGUGCAUCUGCCUCGGCAUCUUCACCGCGAGCAGGAUCAUCUCCCCCCGGCUGUUCAAGGGCGCCAUGUCCCACCUCAAGCCCUUCGAGGUGAAAAUCUGGCACACGAACAUGGUCACCUUCCUCCCAACCUUCGCGGUCACCUUCUUCGCGCUGCCCGCCAUCCUCAAGUACUCCGCCGAGCGCUACACCUUCAUCGCCCCAGCCUCCGCGGAGACCCUCAAGGCGACCGGCAUGUCCCUCGGGUACAUGACCUGGGACCUCAUGGUUCUCAUCUUCGACGCGAAGGAUCAGAUGGCUGCGUACGGCGGCGUGACCCCGUACGUCCUCUUCCUCUUCCACCACUCCUUCUCCAUCGCGGCGUGGCCUUACGCCGUGUCCGCGGGUCGGUGCGUGUACUUCGUCAACUACUUUUUGGUCUCCGAGGUGACGAACUUCAACAUGUCGCUGCGAUGGUACCUCAUGAAGACGAACCGAGAGGGCGGGUCGCUGUACUUCUGGAACGGCAUCCUGUGGAUCCCGCUCUUCUUCUGCGUCCGGGUGGCGGUGAUCCCCAACCUGGUGGACAGGUACCUCAACAGCGACUGGAGCGCGCUGGGGGUGAACGAAACGUGGGCCGCGCGUCUCCUCCUCCCCGUGCCGGUGAUGCUGAACCUCUACUGGUUCGGGCUCAUCAUCACGACGGCUGUCCGGUUCCUGGUCACGGGCAGCGAGGGCGGGCACGUGGAAGCCGCGGAGGGCGCCAGGGGGCGCGCCAAGUCCAGGAAGAAGGCCGACUAGACACGCUCCCUUAGCCGCUGUGCGCAUUCGUUAUCUGUAUUCCGUGUAUAUC